CUUUAAAUUACUAACGUUACAAAGUUACAGUUACCUAAGGCUCAGAUAAUCAACUAUAUUUUAUUCAAACUAUAUAUAAAUAUGCAAGUGUCGUCUAACUAGCAUGUCAUAUGGAAACAUUGAUCGGCAUAACAAUGAAUUGGACACACGUAAAGCAAAGCUAUAGAUCAGGAGUGCAACUAUUCAUCAUUACUGUUCUGAUUUCUUUCUUUGGUGCAUCAAAACAGGAUUGCGUGUGGUACGGUGUUUGUAAUACAGAUGCUUAUAACCACAAUCAAUAUUGUGUGUAUAAUGGAACACCAAGAGCUAUGCCAAAAAAUGGUAUUGAGCUAUUAAAAGAAAGGUGUAAUUUUUUACUUGAAUCGGGUGAAACCGAUUUUUGCUGCGACAUCGAGCAGGUAAAAGUAUUGAAUACAAAUGUGAAACUAGCGGCAGCCAUUCUCGAGCGAUGUCCAUCUUGUAUGGCAAAUUUAAUUCGCCAUAUUUGCGAAUUUACUUGCUCUCCACAUCAAUCUGAAUUCGCCAAAGUCGUUUCCACAAAACAGAAAGGAGAAAUGUCCUAUGUUACAGCAUUGGAUUUGCACAUAACAGCUGAAUAUCUAAACAAGACCUAUGAUUCGUGCUCUCAGGUAUCAGUACCACAAACUGGUCAAUUAGCAUUUGAUCUUAUGUGCGGAGCAUAUCCAGCCUCACGUUGUAGCCCAACAAAAUGGUUUAACUUUAUGGGAAAUGUUGACAACGUUUAUGUUCCAUUUCAAAUAACAUAUGUUCAGCACUCUAUGAACUCAACGAUCGAUGGAUAUACUCCUCUAAAUCCAAAAACUACUCCAUGUAACGAAGCUGUGAAUGGACAACUUCCAGCAUGUUCCUGCUCAGAUUGUGAUUUGUCAUGUCCUGUAGCACCGCCUCCACCUAAUCUUCCUGACCAAUUGAAAAUCGCUGGAUUCGAUGCUUUUACGGUUAUUAUGACAGUCGUGUUUUGUGUUGGAAUGAUUGUUUUUUUAAUGGGAACGUUUUUAUUUACAAAAGAAUCAAUAAACGAUGAAGAUUUUAUUGGAAAUGACGGAGUUACUGAUGACUCUAUGUAUAGGCAAGAACCAAGGUAUUUUGAGAAGCUUGGAGCGCGAACUGAAUUCUUCAUGGAACUCAUUUUCACCAAAUGGGGUACGCUUUUUGCGAGCUACCCAUGGACAACAUUACUUGGAGGAGCAGUCAUUGUUGUGAUUCUAGGCUUUGGAAUAUCUGUUGUUGAGAUAACUACAGAUCCAGUUGAGCUCUGGGCAUCGCCGAGUUCGAGAUCCAGACUUGAAAAAGAUUUUUUUGACACAAAGUUCCAGCCCUUUUUUAGAAUUGAGCAAGUAAUUAUAAAAGCUGUUAGACAGCCUAACAUAAUUCACAAUACAUCAAAUGGGCCUAUUACAUUUGGGCCAAUAUUUGGAAAGGAAUUUCUGGCUGAUGUUUUAGAUCUACAAAAUGGAAUAAAAAAUAUUAACGCAACUGGAUAUUUUUUAAAAGAUAUAUGCUACGCUCCUCUAAAAGGUUCCAACAGCGAUAUAGAUGAGUCUGAUUGUGUAAUUCAAUCUAUUUGGGGAUAUUUCAAGGACGAUAAGGAACGGCUAGAAGACCACGACACAGAUAAUGGCUUUAAUGUUACAUAUUUGGAUGCAAUGUAUCAAUGUAUAAGCAACCCAUAUUUGUGUUUAGCUUCAUAUGGAGGUCCUGUAGAUCCAGCAAUUGGGUUAGGCGGGUUUUUGAAGCCAGGUGAUCAGUUAACAGGGAGCACAAAAUAUGAAUUAGCUGAUGCGAUAAUACUAACGUUUUUAGUAAAAAAUUAUCAUGAAAAAGAGAAACUAGUUAAAGCGUUAGAAUGGGAAAAAGAGUUUAUUAAAUUUAUGCUCGAUUAUAAAAAAAAUAAUAUGAGUGAGUCAAUGGAUAUAGCAUUUACAUCUGAGCGAUCUAUUGAGGAUGAAUUAAAUCGUGAAUCCCAGUCAGACGUGUUAACGAUUUUAGUUUCAUAUUUGAUCAUGUUCCUUUACAUUGCAAUAUCUCUAGGAAAUGUCCAAGAGCUUAAGAGAUCACUAAUAGAUAGUAAAAUAACAUUAGGUAUAGGUGGCGUUAUUAUAGUUUUAGCAUCAGUCAUAUCUUCAGUAGGAAUAUUUGGCUAUAUUGGUGUACCUGCAACAUUAAUUAUCGUAGAAGUUAUUCCCUUUUUAGUUUUGGCGGUUGGAGUAGAUAAUAUUUUUAUCCUCGUUCAGACAUUUCAGAGAGAUCAAAGAAAAACUAAUGAGACAAUCGAGGAACAUGUCGGACGGGUGUUAGGACGCGUAGGUCCUAGUAUGUUAUUAACUUCUGUUAGUGAAAGUUGUUGUUUUUUCCUUGGUAGUCUGUCUGAUAUGCCUGCAGUAAAAGCGUUUGCAUUGUACGCAGGUGUUGCUCUUCUUAUUGAUUUUCUACUACAAAUAACAUGUUUUGUAGGUCUAUUUACAUUAGACGUUAAACGAAAAGAGGAAAACCGUCUAGAUGUUUGUUGUUUUAUAAAAUGCAAAAAGACCGACAAUUUACACAACAAUGAGGGACUUUUAUAUAAAUUUUUUAGAAGUGUUUAUGUUCCAUUUUUAAUGAAGAAAAUUGUUAGAGCUUUUGUAAUGGUUUUGUUUUUUGGUUGGAUUUGUGCAAGUAUAGCUCUUAUUCCAAAAAUCGAUAUUGGCCUUGACCAAGAACUGGCCAUGCCUGAAGAUAGUUUUGUACUGCACUAUUUUAAGUCCCUUAACAAAAAUCUUAAUAUAGGUCCACCAGUAUACUUUGUACUAAAGGGGGACAUGAAUUUUUCGAGUAGUCCCAAUCAAAACUUAGUAUGCUCUGGAAGAUAUUGCAAUAGUGAUAGCAUUUUAACACAAAUUUAUCUGGCCAGUCGACGAUCAAACUCCACAUACAUUGCACGACCUGCAUCAAGUUGGAUUGAUGAUUAUUUUGAUUGGUCUCUGUCAACUGGUUGCUGUAAAUACAAUCCUAGCAACGGAAGCUUCUGUCCUCAUCAAGAUACAACCUGUACAAUGUGCAAAAUUCAGAAAAACAAAUUUCAGCGACCUGAUGAAAAGGACUUUGGAAAAUAUUUGCCGUUUUUUUUAAUGGAUAAUCCGGACGAUGCAUGCGUAAAAGGUGGCCACGCCGCCUAUAGUGGAGGUGUACGCUACAACACUCACAAAAAUAGUUUACAAGUGGAAUCUUCAUAUUUUAUGGGUUAUCAUUCAAUACUUAAGUCUUCGUCAGAUUAUUUCCAAGCAUUAGGAUCGGCGAGAAUGAUUUCUGCUAAUAUUACGCAAAUGUUACAGAAGAAACUAGUUUCGUAUGGAUAUCCGGUAGACAGAGCUUUGCAAGUCGAAGUAUUUCCUUAUUCAGUAUUUUAUGUAUUUUAUGAACAGUAUUUAACUAUGUGGUCUGAUACAUUGCAAAGCUUGGGGAUCUCGAUACUUUCCAUAUUUAUUGUUACAUUUGUAUUAUUGGGCUUCGAUGUACAUUCCGCUUUAGUUGUCGUCAUAACGAUAACAAUGAUUGUUGUGAAUUUAGGUGGGCUUAUGUGUUACUGGCAUAUAUCUCUAAACGCAGUAUCUUUAGUUAAUCUUGUUAUGGCUGUAGGAAUUUCUGUAGAGUUUUGUUCACAUCUUGUGCAUAGCUUUUCACGGUCGAAAGAAUUAUCGCAAACUAGUCGGGCUGCUGAUAGUUUAUCUAAAAUGGGUAGCUCAAUAUUCUCUGGCAUUACACUUACUAAAUUUGCAGGAAUAUUAGUCUUAGCCUUUGCAAAAAGCCAAAUAUUUCAAGUAUUUUAUUUUCGAAUGUAUUUUGGAAUUGUAGUUAUUGGAGCCACACACGGCCUAAUUUUUCUCCCUGUUCUUUUAAGUUAUAUUGGUGCUCCUUUAAAUAAUGCCCGGCUUGAAUCUCAAAACCAUGAACAUUGUGAGCAAGAAACUUCACUUUCCAGGGGCAGAUAAUUUAUGUUUAUAUGAACCUCAAAGACACAUUAAAAGACAUGUAUCAUAAUCUAGAAUCUA